AUAAUACAUACAACCAAUCAUAUUGUUUCAACAGACUGUAUAUUCGCGAGCACCGUGAGGACCAUCGUAAUAUACAUGAUACGUUACAGCAUUAGAAGAAUUGAUUGACGUGACAGUUGCCCGUAUCGUUGGUAAAUUGGCUUGAAAAGCAUUUUACUUUUGUAUCGGUGGUGUUUUCUUAUAAUCUGUAACACUACACGAAGCGUAUUACAAGAUGAGGCGAAAGGCAGGCGUUGGAGCGAUUCAAAAACAGAAGCUAGAACAAGAGAAAUAUAAAGACAAGGGGACGGAGAUCCAAGAGAAUCAGUUUGAGCAAAUGACGAAGCAAAUGGAUACAUUCCGCGUCAAUCUAGAGGAAUUUGCCACGAAACAUAAGAACGAAAUUAAGAAGAACGCAAGAUUUCGGCGACAAUUUACCGAAAUGUGUGCGUCAAUUGGCGUGGACCCUUUAGCCUCUGGAAAAGGAUUCUGGUCAGUUCUUGGCAUAGGAGAGUUUUAUUAUGAGCUUGCUGUCCAGAUUGUUGAAGUUUGCAUGGCUACGAAUUACAAGAAUGGUGGCCUGAUAUCGUUAGACGAAUUGAGAACAAGAUUGAUACAAGCAAGGGGAAGACGAAAAGAACAUCAGGAGAUAACUAAUGAUGAUUUAUUGGCUGCAGCUAAGAAGCUUAAGAUCUUUGGGAAUGGAUUUUCUAUUGUUCCCAUUGGAAGAGGAAAAUAUUUAGUUCAGUCCAUCCCUGGUGAAUUGAGCAUGGAUCACACUGCUGUAUUACAGCAAGUUAGUCUGUCUGGGAAUGCAUAUGUUUCAAAGUCUAUGCUGUGCAAGGAAUUGAAAUGGGAAACAGACAGAUCACAGAAGGCCUUAGAUCACAUGGUGAAGGAAGGACUGGCCUGGUUUGAUGAACAAGGAGAAAAUGAGAUACUGUAUUGGUUUCCCAGCUUAUUUACUGCCUGCAUUGUAUCUACAGAGUAAGCCUAAUGUUCACUUCACUAUAGAUAGGAAUUAUUGAAAACAGAAAAAGUAUCUGUAGUACGAAAUGUAUUUUUAAUGUAAAUAAAUUUAUACACUCUUGUAA